AUGAAGGAAAGAAUCCUAAGGCAGCACGUUGAGAGCUGUACUGAUCAACUACAAGGCAUUGUCGACUUCCAGUCAGCACAAGCGAUUUCAGCUUUUCAGACUAAGACAGAGGACAACUUUAGGUGUCUUGAUGAACUGAAAGACAAAUACAGAACGAAUGACGAGACCAUCAAUGAGUUUAGAGAUCUUAAAGCUGACUUUAAUGAUCAAAUUAGCAAACUAGAGGAGUCGAUAGAUUACUAUGAAAACCUGGCAGAGGAAAUUCUUGAGUUUCUGGCGGAGAAUGAUGUUAAAAAGAAGCUGGCUCUCAAAAGACAAACACAUAAUAUGAGAUGA